AUGUUGAAGCUCCUUUUCUUGUGCAUUGUGCCGUUCGUUUUGUGCGCACCGUCAGAGAAACGCUUCAUUGAAUCUCUAGGACUACCUUUGGGAAAUAUUUUUGACCUCGAAACGUUGAAAUGUGAUCUUCAAAUCAUGCUGGAUGUACUGGGCAGUGAGCCAACGGAGGCGGCCUGUGAGGCAGAGUGCCAUAAACUUAUUCAGGAGGGAACUGUGUUCACAUAUGGUUGUCCUUUAAUCUGCCAUGGAUUCCAGAACAUCGCCCACUAUUUCCACGAAGCACCAAAGCCAGGCCAGGCCAACUCAACAUGUGGAGGCGCCGACCUAGUUGGUUCUCUACUCGGAUAA